AUGGCGUCCUCGUCGCCGUCGCCGCGGCCCACCCCCCGGCCACGUGCGGAAUCGAAUGUCUCCGAUGCAAGCUUCUACUCCCAUGCCGAUGGCGUUGAGAUGUCACACGAAGAUGUUUUUAGCGGCCCGAUACCAGAGAGUGUUCCAUCGAGUGUUUCGGCGUUUGUGCAUAGACGGAGAUCCCGUACCGAAUCCGAGGCUAGUUUCACAUUUUUUCAACAGGACGAGGUCGACAAUUGGGACAACGAGGAAGCGAUUAUAGACGAUGAUGAUGAUGAAGAAUUUCAAUUCAAUGCAUGGGAAGGGGAUAUUGAUAUGGACCUGGAGUCUGGAUCUCGACGGCAGUCGCUGGCUCGCUCACCCCGUAAUUCGAGGGACGAUCAAGAACUUCCGUUACUCGACCGCCAGGACACCAAUGCUACCGAUACGAGUCGUAUAUUUAUGAGAGGCCCGCUAAGAUCAAAUCAAAAGAUCUAUAUCGUUACGGAGGAUUUGACCAUUAUUGUUGGAGGGUUCAGAACAAGCAAAAUGGGCUCGACAAUUUUGACUGUAUUAUCGGUCCUUACGCUCGGCUUGUUUUACUUGCUGCUACGUUGGAUGCCCCGCUGGAGAGUCCGACUGAUAGGAAAGCCAUGUCCGUUGAGAGAUUGUGAAUGGGUCGUAAUCGAGAACGAGUGGAAUGAGUUCAGCAUACACCCUAUUAAGAAACGGUCGUAUGGAAUGACUCUAUCUACUGUAUUCGGCCCUCCAUCCGAGAAAGCAGUCGCAGCGGCUGAAGCGGCGGAGGAAGACGAUGAUCCUUUGAUUAACCACCUGCGAUACCUCGAUUACCGAUAUAUUCGAUUCUGUUACAACCCGGUGGAGGAUAGAUUUAUGCUCACUAGCAACUGGAAAGACCCGGAAUGGGAUAGUGUAUUAUCCGCUCGCCAGGGCGUUGAUAGUGACACUCAAGAUCAACGCUCGACUGUCUUUGGACCCAAUGUCAUAGAUAUUGAGGAAAAAAGCACGAUGAACCUUUUCUUAGACGAGGUCUUCCAUCCUUUCUACGUUUUCCAGAUCGCUAGUAUCAUCCUAUGGUCAAUGGAUGAGUACUACUACUACGCUUCCUGCAUUUUUCUUAUAUCCAUUGUUAGCAUCACCAGCACCCUGAUCGAAACGAAGUCGACUAUGAAGCGACUUCGAGAAAUCUCGAAAUUUGUUUGCGAUGUAAGAGUAAUGCGCAACGGCUAUUGGGAAUACGUUUCUUCUGCAGAUCUGGUUCCCGGGGACGUUUACGAAGUUACAGACCCUCACUUAACAUUAUUCCCUUGUGAUAGUUUGCUCCUGUCCGGCGACUGUAUCGUCAAUGAGAGUAUGCUCACAGGAGAAUCUGUUCCGGUAUCAAAGGUUCCGUGCACCGACGAGGCCCUACAAGAGCUAGAUCUUGACGCAUCAUCCGUGAAGCCUGCACUUUCUAAAUACUUCUUGUUUUGCGGUACGAAAAUCAUCAGGGCCCGCAAACCACAGGAUGGACAGGACGAUGAGGCUGCCGCACUAGCACUUGUUGUUCGUACCGGAUUUAAUACUACCAAAGGUGCAUUGGUACGCAGCAUGCUGUUCCCGAAGCCUACAGGUUUCAAAUUUUAUCGUGACAGCUUCUACUACAUUAGUGUAAUGGCUGUGAUUGCGCUGCUCGGAUUCAUCGCCACCUUGAUUAGAUUCAUCGAACUUGGGCUUGCCGUACACUUGAUUGUCGUUAGAGCUUUAGACUUAAUCACGAUUGUCGUCCCACCCGCCCUUCCUGCAACACUGACGAUUGGUACAAACUUCGCCCUCUCGAGAUUGAAGAAGAAACAGAUCUUUUGCAUUAGUCCUAUGAGGGUCAAUGUUGCUGGAAAGCUAGACGUAAUUUGCUUCGACAAAACUGGUACUCUGACGGAAGAUGGGCUUGACGUUCUUGGAGUUCGGGCUGUUCAUCGCGACUCUAAGAAGUUUUCUGAGCUAUACAACGACUCACUAGACCUUCUCCCGCCAAACACCUUUGAACGAGAUCCCUCUGUCGACUUUUCUACCAAUAAGGCAAUACUACAUACCAUGGCUACUUGUCAUUCCCUCCGGAUGGUUGACGGCGAGCUUAUUGGCGACCCUCUGGACCAGAAGAUGUUCGGGUUUACCGGUUGGUCAUAUGAGGAAACAGGAUCCCAAAUAAGACGAAACAGCGAAGAAGUAUUGACCGCUCAACCCAACGCAAUAUCGCCUCCAGUUGUCAGACCACCCGCUGGAAAGAAGUAUGGAGAUAACGAAAAUGAGGGCGAGAUUCCGCUUGAACUUGGAGUUUUCAAAUCUUUCGAGUUUGUAUCCCAACUUCGGCGAGCUAGCGUCAUCGUCAAGCAAUUUGGUGAGACUGGAUGUGACAUUUAUGUAAAGGGAGCUCCUGAGUGUAUGGCAGAGAUUUGUAACCCUGAGAGCUUUCCUGAGGACUAUGACGAUUUGCUGGCCUACUAUACACACCGUGGAUUCCGUGUCAUCGCUUGCGCAGCCAAGAACAUUAAGAAAUUGUCUUGGGUUAAGGCUCAAAAGAUGAAGCGCGAUGAAGCUGAAAAGGACCUCGACUUUUGUGGCUUUAUUAUCUUCGAAAACAAGUUGAAACCAAGCACGGCUGGCGUUAUGAGGGAGUUGGAGCAAGCAAAUCUCCGACGUGUCAUGUGUACUGGUGACAACAUCCUCACUGCUAUCAGUGUCGCUAGGGAAUGCCACCUGAUCGAUAAGUCAGCUCAUGUGUUUGUUCCUCAUUUCGUAGAGGGAGACUCCCAAUCGUCCACGGCCAAAAUCCAGUGGGAGAGCGUCGACAACAAGAUCUAUAAGCUGGACGAGGACACACUGUUGCCGCUCCCCGCCCCGCCUGAAGGUGAUCUGUCUCUCCCAUAUGAUAUCAACAAUAUGCGAAACUAUUCUAUCGCCGUCAGCGGCGAGGUUUUCAGAUGGAUGAUCGAUUUUGCCCCAAGGGAGGUCAUGCAGCGCAUGUUGGUGAUUGGUCAGGUUUUUGCUCGGAUGUCCCCCGACGAAAAGCACGAACUGGUCGAGAAGCUACAAAGUUUGGAUUAUACUGUCUGCUUCUGCGGUGAUGGUGCUAACGACUGCGGAGCCCUGAAAGCCGCGGAUGUCGGUAUCUCUCUAUCUGAAGCUGAAGCAUCUGUUGCUGCGCCAUUUACGAGCCGUGUAUUUGAAAUUUCCUGCGUCCCACAAGUUAUUAGAGAGGGUCGAGCUUCGCUCGUUACUAGUUUUAGCUGCUUCAAGUACAUGAGUUUGUAUUCUGCUAUACAAUUCAUCAGCGUCAGUAUCCUUUACAAGUCCGGGUCCAAUCUAGGAGACUUCCAGUAUCUGUUCAUUGAUCUUCUCCUCAUCUUACCGAUUGCCAUCUUCAUGAGUUGGAGCGAUCCUUCCGACAGGCUUUCAGUAAAACGCCCAACAGCGAGCCUAGUAUCCCGAAAAGUUUUGACACCACUUCUCGGCCAGAUGUUCAUCUGCUUGCUAAUUCAAUUAACGGUUUAUGAAUUGGUCCAGCAGCAGCCAUGGUACAUCCCGCCAGUUGUCGACCCAGAAAAGUCCAACAUUCUCAACUCCCAGAAUACAAGCUUGUUCCUAUCAUCAGGUUAUCAAUACAUUCUUGCUAGCAUAAUAUUGAGUGUUGGACCGCCUUUUAGGAAACCAAUGACGCAGAACUUUCCUUAUGUUGCCUCAUUGUUUGUCGCUCUUGCGAUAGUUACCUAUCUUCUCCUUGACCCUUCAAAGGCUGUCAUGGAUUUCAUUGAAUUGACAGAAAUGUCGAUGUCGUUUAAACUGCUAAUUGUGUUCAUCGCAGCGGUUGGCUUUAUUGUAAGUUGGUAUGGCGAGAAAAGAGUCUUUGUAGAAUUAGCUAGAUGGAUUGGGAAGACUCAAGCUACAUUGCGACCGAGCUUUCAAAAGAAGAGAAAGGAGUAUAAGCUCCUUGAAGAAGAGAUGAGAUUUUGA